AUGAAUUUGGCAUCCACAGCGUUUGACUUGUUGGAAACUGACGGUGGGAAUGAUUGUGCAACAUCAGAUAGCGCAAAUUUGGUUUUUGUGUCAGAUGAAGAUUUGAAUUGUGGUUAUGACCACACAGCGGGUCGCUAUGCAGAGCUCUUGGGUUUGGUGGAAGCUCAAAUAGAACUUAUCGAUCGUCAUCUAUACGAGAUUGAAAUGAAGCGGAAAGGACUUUCGGAGAAAAAGUCAGUGUUGGAAAAGAAAAUGGAACAGGAUCAGCGACAAGACUGUCCCAUGAAAAACAAGAUUCCUGUUAUUCAGUAUCUUCCUCCAUAUUUUAAAGAUGAAAAUAUGAUGUGCCCUCCUCUGAACGAAGAAGCCAAGCACAAACUUCGGUACACUACUUUCGACCCCCUGAUCAAAGAAGACAAAAAGUGGACGUCCAAUGAGCUACACUUACUUCGAGAGUCUGUUAAAAAUUCUGUCAUACAGGCGGAUAUCGAGAAGUUCAUUGACAGGAAGGAAAUAUUAGGCUCUAAAAUUCUUCGAGCGGGCGUUGAAAAAACGAGUGAAGAACUGAAAGCGUGGAAAGAAGAAAUCGAAGCUCUCGAUCACAAAAUUCAACAUUCGCGUUCAGAGCAAGUGGAUUCGCGAGAAGUGGAUGUCGUUGAUUAUUCUUGCGUGGACUGGAUGAAGAUCUCAACUGUCGAAUUCAAAGGAACUCGAUCUGCUGCAGCGCUGAAGUACAAAUGGUUAAAUGAACAGUGUCUACAAUGGAAUAACGGGCCGUGGACGAAAGAGGAAUUAGAGCGGCUUAAACAACUUCGUGAAGAGAAGUCCUUUACAUCAUGGGCUGCGCUUGCAAAAAAACUUGGGACCGACCGCACUCCAUAUCAGUGUUUCGAGAAGUAUCGUAGUGACAUAUUUAAAUCGACUAAAGAAUGGACUAAAGAAGAAGAUGAUCGUUUGGUUGGUCUGGUAAAAAUCAUGACCGUUAAUGACACGGUACAGUGGGAUAAAGUUUCUUUCUACAUGCCUGGGCGCACUCGACAACAAGUUCGGACUCGAUAUGUACGCACACUUGAUGAAAACGUUCGGCAUGGUCGUUGGACUGGUCAUGAGGAUCUUUUGCUGAUGUCGGCAGUAGCGCGGUUCGGAGCCAAAGAUUGGGCAAAGGUGGCGAAGUGCGUGAUAGGCAGAUCAGAUGGUCAAUGUAGAGAGCGAUGGUGUAACGUUUUGGAUUGCUGUACUGAAACAAACGACUGGAUGGCUGAGGAAGAUGAACGGUUGGUUCUUGGUGUGCAAGUGUUCGGAAGAGGACAGUGGGCAAAAAUUGCCGAGAUUUUGCCAAGGCACAAGCCAGAAAACAUUCGAAGACGUUAUCGGUAUCUAUUAUCAACAAAAAUGAGAGUGUGUACUAUGAACUAUGAAGCUAUGAAAAUUUGA